AUGAUCUUCCCCAACUUUACAAGUAACCCACGUGAUGAACGCUCCACAAAUGAGCACACCGCUAUGAGGAGGUCAGCAUCAACAACAGAUAAAAACUUGCAAAUGGAGAAGCCUACUUUCCUCCUCAAUGAUGUUAGGCUUCUGUUUGCUGUUUCAAACAAAAUUGAGGGGUUGUCACUUGCAAAUGAUGUCGCUUAUAUCAUUUUGCCGGAUCGAAUCCACAAAUUCUCCUUGGAGGAACCUUCCAAAGUCGUGACAGUCCUAAUUCCAAAGCAGUUUACAGGCAGCAAGAUCACCGGCUACUGGUCGCAUCCCUGUGGCAAGCAUCUUGUCGUUCAGUUGAGUAGCUAUGUCCACCUAUACCUCCAUGACACUUAUCAGAAUUUCAAAGUACUUUCCAAAUUCAAUGGCUUGAAAACAAAAGAUAUCACCUUCAGGACUGGCAUUAAUGACAGUGAGAGAGUGGAACUCUUACUCAUUACCACCGACAAUUAUGCAUAUGUCGCUUACCUUAAACCUCACUUCGCAUCCAAAGGGGAAGGGAGACGAGACGACAAAUACUUAAAGCAGGUGCUUAGAUCAGACAAGGAGCUCAUAUGUGCUUGCAUCAGUACUCGAGAGAAUUGCGUUUACAUGGUCACAGCAAGCGAAACAAUAUAUUGGCAUGUUACUCUCAAACAGGAUCUGUUGUAUAAUAUUUUACAGUCGAGCUCUCAACGAACACCACAUCUCGAAAUUACGAAAGAGUACAGACUCUACUCAGACACGAACGACUACUACAUUAUUUCAAGUUUGUCAUCUAUUUUGACUAAUAACCCUGAAGCUUUGCUUAAGUCUUCAACGCGGUCUUUUGACCAGAUCUUCGUUGAUGUUUCUCAGUUUGCGGCCACCCCACAUCAUUAUGUUAUGAUCAACAUGUCCGGUAACGUCAUCAUUCAAGAUAAACUUUUCACUCAUGCGCCGUUUCAGGUGAACUGUUUACCAGGACUGCCAAUACUUGGGAUGAAUAUUGAUCCUAUAAACGGAACAAUUUGGAUGUACUCGUCGAAUAAUAUUCACGAGCUUAUCUCACCGAAUGAAGCAAUUUCUGUAUGGCUUGGAUACUACAGAAUGGGCCGAUUCGACGAAGCUUAUCUGUUGCUAGAAAGCCUCCCACAACGACCGGAAAUUAAACUCCACAAGAACGCGGUAACAAUUAAGAAAGGCUAUAGUUUGCUCCAGCAAGGUGGAUUUGGCGUUGACUUGUCAAGUGAGACUAAUAUGCUUGACUUGUUUGACCUUCAAUGCCGAGGAAUUGUUGUCUUAGCACAGCUGAUGGAGCCCUUUGAGAAGGUCUGCCUCAUGCUCCUGGGUACGCGAAAUCAGCCAUCUGUAAACUCUCGGAACGAAGAGCUCUUGAUAGCUUAUUUACAUGAAAAACUAUUACAUGCGAUCGACCAGUCGAAUGGAACGAAGACCACCGCCUUGACCUCAUGGUUAGUAUUUCUAUACGCUAAGCGUAUUAAAAGCUUGCUGGACUAUCUGACCUCAUCAUCAACAAAAAUAACUAAGCUGUUGGAGAACUAUGAUGAUCCAACUAAAAGAUUGGAUCAUUUCCUUGAAUCCUAUCAUCGGUACAUGAAUUACGGUACUAUUGCUGAAGUCCUCUCAAAAUUACAUCUUGAUUCUGCAAGUUUACAUCUUGCCACUCUUGAGGGGAAAUUUGACUUUAUCCUAGAGUACCAUAUAGAGAAGCAAAAUUGGAACGAGGCAAACAUAACUGUUCGGAAUGCCUUAAAGGCAGAUGAAAACGCAGGAAAGGAGCUUUUGUAUUGCAAUGCACCUACGUUGUUGAAGCAUUGCCCAGAGCUUACUAUCGAUACGUGGCUACACUUCUCAACCCUUGACGUACGCAAACUUCUUCCAACGAUCCUCGAAUACAACAAGCAAUAUGAGAACUUGCCCUUGUCAGAAAAUCAUGCAAUGUCUUUCCUAUCAAAAUUGAUACACGGACUGGCAAAUAUUGAUUGCCAUGUUUUAAAUUCAUACAUUGCUCUUCUUGUGCGGUACCCAGACGAUGACCUGAAACAAUCGACGAGGUCUUUGACGAACAUGUUGAACCUUGCUCGAGAUAACAAGAGACUCGCAUGUUAUGACGCCCAAUUGAUCCUCAGGCUUGCUUUAAAAUACAAGAAGAUAUGGCCAGCAGCCAUCAUAAUGAUAAAUGACAUGAAAUUAUAUGAAUCUUCCUUGCAAUUAGCACUCAGUCAUGACGACGUUUUAUUGGCGGAGUUUGUUUUGCGGAGAUACGAACAAGACCUACCUGGUAAGACAAAUGCUGCGACAGAAAACUAUUCAUCGCAGAAUGUUGAGGGCCGUAAGAUUCAAUUCCUUACCGGCGAAGACGAGUAUCAAACCAUCAAAAAGCGCUUAUGGAGUACCUACGCUGCUUUCUUAAUGUCACAUCCAGUUUCAUCCUUGAAGUUGCAAGGAUCAAUUCUAGGGAAUAGUAUGCGAGACAAGCCAAAGCUACAACACAUCCUUCGAUAUCUUCUUGAUUUCGCUGAAGAGGUCUCCCCGACUAGAAGUCCAUUGGAUAUCAAAUGUCUCCUACCACUUCUACCCAAAUCUGUGGAAAUUGCUGAGCUAAGGGAGGAAAUAGUGGAGUCCCUUGAUCAAUACAAUGACUUCAUAAGUCUACUUACCAUAGAAAUGAGAGAACUGAAAAAGAAUAGCAAGGGUCGUUUGGACCGUUACUACUACUUAGCGAAGGAAAAAGGGUAUAGAGCUCGUUCAUCUUUCAAGCUUGUCCAGAUUAAUGAAAAAUAUGGGCAUUUCUUGGAGAAGUCCAAAGUUGUAGUGGAUUUGUGUGCUGCUCCUGGAUCAUGGUGCCAAGUUGCAGCAAACCUUUGCCCCAUGAAUUCCCUCAUUAUUGGUGUCGAUAUCGUCUCGAUGAAACCACUCCCUAGAUGUAUCCUUUUCCAGUCAGACAUCACUACCGAAGAUUGUCGUUCAAAAUUACGUGGUCAUCUCAAAACAUGGAAGGCAGAUACGUUCUUACACGAUGGUGCACCCAAUGUUGGUCUUGGUUGGGUCCAGGAUGCAUUUACUCAAUCCCAGCUCGUGCUCAAAGCAUUGAAGCUUGCAGUGGAACAUUUGGUUCAGGGUGGUACCUUCGUGACAAAGGUCUUUCGUUCUAAGGAUUAUAAUAACUUGAUUUGGGUUUUUCAACAACUUUUUGACAAGGUUGAGGCAACCAAGCCACCCGCCUCUAGAAACGUGUCAGCUGAAAUUUUUGUGGUCUGCAAGGGAUUUAAGGCACCAAAGAAGAUAGACAACCGUUUGCUCGAUCUCACAGAGGUAUUUGAGGAAAUAGGGAAAGCCAAAGACAAUAGUGAAGCUAAGGUCUUUAACCCAGAAAAGCGGACAAGGAAAAGGGAAGGCUAUGAAGAAGGCGUCAAUUUGCUUUACAAAGAAAUGAGUCUACUUGAUUUUGUUCGCGAUGAAGAACCUAUAAGUCGACUUGCUGAGUUGAAUAAGUUGGUCGAGCCAGAUGCAGGUGACUCUGAAUGGAAGUUGUUACGAAAGAUGAAAUUAUGGUCCCAAGAACUUGCUGAAUGUGCGAAGGAUCUUAAAGUGUUGGGAAGAAAAGAGUUCAAGCGUCUCCUCAAAUUCAGGAAACAAGCGCGAAGUGCUCUAGAUAUCGAAAUGCCAAUCGAAGAAAACGAGGUUACUCAAGAGCCGCUAAUUGUCGAUGAAGAAGAGCAAAUUAACCAAGAAUUGACUAACUUAUCAGAAAAUCAAAGGAGAAAGAGAAAGAGAGAGAAGAGGAACGCAAAUGAAAUGAAACAAAAAGAGCUUAAACGUCUUCAGAUGAAUAUGCUCACCGAUAUGUCCAUCGGUAUUGACGCUGCCAGUAACUCGUCUCAAUCUCUUUUCAAUUUGAAGCUGGCACAGAGGACAGGCGAUUUACAGUCACUUGCGGAAGGUAAGAAACGAAUGGUUCUUUCAGACAAAGGAAGAAACGUGGAUGUUUGCCUGGACGAAGAAAGCUUAGCUUCUUCGGAUUCAGAGAAAAAUGGUCAGGAUCUUGAAGAUGAACUUGACAAUUUACAUCGCCAGUUCAAGCUGAGACAGGCAGAGAAGGACGCAAAAUACCGAGCUAAACUUAGUCGAGGUGAUUCAGAAGAUACCAACUGGGACGGAAUUCAGAGUGAGUCGGAGGCGAAUGAUUCAGAGCACUCCGACGCUGAUUCCAACUCAAGCGAAGACUCCGAUGAUGAGGCAAUUUUAGAUAUGAUACAGCAGAGGAAUCAGCGUGCGGGCGAGUUAUCGAGAGAUGCACAAACCUUUUUCGCAGUGAACCCGAUUUUUCAAGGUAUCGAUGACAAUACUCUUAUUGAAUCAUUUGAUAUGCCGGUAAACUCUGACACAAAUGAAGCCAUCAAUAAUUCCGAUAAUGGUCAGACCUUCGAACUCGUCAAAUCAAGGAAAGAUGCCGAGGACAACGAGGACAACGAGGACAACGAAGACAACGUUCUACAGGACACCAGGGCAAAGGGGCUGAGAAACCUUCAUAACGUGCAACUUGAUACUGCUGAGGCGAUGACCUUGGCCCAUCAGGUCGCACUCGGCCAGAAGACGAAGUAUGAUCUUGUGAACGAUGGGAUUAAUCGUUAUUCCUUCAGGGAUAAGGAUUCUCUUCCCGACUGGUUUGUUGAGGACGAACAAAAACAUUCUAAAAUUUUGAAACCAGUUACAAAGGAAGCUGCUGCAGCAAUCAAAGAGAAACAGAAGCAGCUCAAUGCUCGGCCGAUCAAAAAGGUUUUGGAAGCCCAAGGAAGAAAGAAGAUGCGUGCGAUUAAGAGGCUAGAAAAAUUGAAAAAGAAAAGUGAUCUCAUCAACGAUGAUGCCGAUAAGAGUGAAAGAGACAAGGCAGAAGAGAUACAACAGAUGAUGAGAAAACUCUCCAAGAAACAAAUUACAAGGCCCAAAGCAACAUUAGUUGUCGCUAGAGGUCACAAUCGUGGGCUCAGCGGAAGACCGAAGGGUGUGAAGGGCAAGUAUAAGAUGGUAGACGGUGUCAUGAAGAAUGAACAGAGAGCACUCAAAAGGAUCUCUAAGAAGCAUAAAUAG